AUGCAUUACCCAAGAUUAGCUUUUGCAAAGAGUAGGUUUCGUAGUACGAUUGAACCAACACGUAAAAUAAAUGGGAGGACACCGGAUAUUGGUCAGAGGAAUGCCCUGAGUACCGGUGACAUUACUGCUACAAAGUUGCUGUAUAAUUGUUCUGCACAUGGCGGGUCAUUUUUUGAGUCUCGCUAUAUAAUUAUCCCGCCAGUACGUCCAAAUAAUUCACCAACAGUUUCCGAUAAAUGCAAAUGGACAAUCAGAGCUGCUGAAGGUGAACGAAUUAAGGUCACACUAACAUCAUGGGAUAUUCAAGAGACUCCCAAUUGUACAGUGGAGUAUGUAGAAAUAAAAAAUGGCUACCAGGAAAACAGUCCGGUCUUAGCUCGCAUGUGUGGUGAAGACAAAACGGUUAUUGUAACGGCUAGUAAUUUUGUAUCGGUAACAUAUGCUAGGAAACGUUACGAAAAUUAUCAUCUGGGAUUUAUAUUGAAAUACGAGACUGUUUGCGGCGGUGAUAUUCACUUAGAAAGAGAUGAUAUUUAUUACUUAGAAUCGCCAAAUUAUCCAGGGUCAUAUGAACCGAAUAAACAGUGUUAUUGGCUCAUCAAGGUUCCUCGCAAGCAUUAUAUGCUAAUCAAAUUUAAUUACUUUGAACUUGAAGAAAGUGAAGGUUGUAAAAACGACUUUCUGGAAGUGCGAGAGGCUGGAAGUGAUAAUGCGCCAAUUAUUGGAAGUUACUGCGGUAAAAGAGACCGUUUAGAAGUAGCUGUUAUGAUGAAUAGAGUUUUUCUGACGUUUGUUACCAAUAGAUCGAAAGAAGCGGGAGGUUUUUCCGCUACUAUUUCUUCGAAAUCAGAUAACAGUAAUGGCUUAACCACUUGA